CGAUUUAAACAAUCACAGGUUCAGCCUCUCCGUUAGUUGGGUUCACUUGGCUGUGACCAAAAUUAAGAUCACCCGUUGAAUUGAGACAUCUCGUCGUGCUCAGAAAUUCGGUGGCCAUCCAUCUUCCGAGAACAAUUUUUCUCUUCUGCGAGUGAGAAAAUGCCUGGAUUGAUUGCACCCACAGAUUACUCACAAGAACCACUUCGUCACCCAUGUCUCCGAAUCAACGCCAAGGAGCCCUUCAAUGCAGAGCCACCGCGCUCUGCCCUGAUUUCAUUCUUCACCCCUGUAGAUUUUUUUUAUAAAAGAAAUCAUGGCCCUAUUCCAUUAGUGGAUGAUAUUGAAAGAUAUUCUGUUUCUAUAAAUGGCCUAAUAGAGAACCCAAAAGAGCUGUUCAUGAAAGAUAUCAGGAUGCUUCCCAAGUACAAUGUCACUGCCACUUUACAGUGUGCAGGUAAUAGAAGGACAGCGAUGAGCAAAACGAAAACAGUAAAGGGAGUCGGCUGGGAUGUUUCUGCUCUGGGAAAUGCUGUUUGGGGUGGUGCUAAAUUGGCUGAUGUUCUUGAACUUGUUGGAAUACCUAAGUGCAGCUAUAGUACACAAAAAGGUGGAAAACAUGUUGAGUUUGUGAGCAUUGAUAGAUGCAAGGAAGAAAAGGGAGGUCCAUACAAGGGAUCAAUUCCACUGAGCCAAGCUUCAAAUCCUGAAGCAGAUGUUCUUCUUGCUUACGAAAUGAAUGGAGAAACUCUUAACAGGGAUCAUGGGUAUCCAUUGCGUGUGGUUGUCCCUGGUGUUAUUGGUGCUCGCUCUGUUAAAUGGCUAGAUUCCAUUAACAUCAUUGCAGAGGAAUGCCAGGGUUUCUUUAUGCAAAAAGACUACAAAAUGUUUCCUCCUUCCGUAAAUUGGGAUAAUAUUGAUUGGUCGACCAGGAGGCCUCAAAUGGAUUUUCCAGUUCAGUGUGUCAUAUGUUCUUUGGAGGAUGUAGAUCAUAUAAAGCUUGGAAAGGUUACAGUUAAUGGUUAUGCAGUGUCGGGAGGUGGUCGGGGAAUAGAGAGAGUAGACAUAUCUGUUGAUGGGGGAAAAAACUGGAUUGAAGCCUCCAGAUAUCAGAAGACCGGAGUCCCAUACGUUGCUGAUAGUCCAAGCAGUGACAAGUGGGCAUGGGUGUUUUUUGAGGUCACGCUCGAUGUCCUACAAAACACCGAAAUUGUUGCUAAAGCUGUUGACUCAUCAGCAAAUGUGCAACCAGAAACAGUGGAAGAGAUAUGGAACUUAAGAGGUAUACUCAACACCUCAUGGCAUAGGGUUCAAGUUCGAGUUGGCCGUUCCAAUAUAUAGAAGCAAGAGACGAAACUCGAAACUUAAAACUGUAUCAUCUGCCUUUUUCAUCAUCUCAUAAACUAACGUUGUGCAGAAUAAACUCUUGUUUUUUACCAAAUUCAAAUGUGCAAGGAUUUUGAUUUUCUAUUAGAAGUCCGAAUAAGAGUAUGAAGCCUGCUUACACUGAUGAUGAAUAAUAUAUUUCCUUCAA